AUGUCGUCGGAAGAUGCAGACUAUUUGUAUGCAUUGGAAAUGCAAAAACGCCUGAAUGCCCUGGAAGGUGAGGGCGAUAGUGAUAUAGAAGAAAUCGAUUUUAAGAAGCCGCCGGUAAAGAAUUUCAGCAUUAAAAACAAAAAACCUCUACAAAUUAAACGCAGUAAUCCCCAUUCAAAUCUCGAUGAAGAAUUUCUUAAUCGCACCCAGAAUCUGGUUCAUCCCCAGUGGGAGACAUUGGAUCCAACACCAGAUAUUUUCUCACUCUUUGGACAAUUCGAUACGAAGUUCUUUCAGGGACGACUGAAAUGUGUUACUCUGGAAUGGAGUAAACGUAUGUACAGCUGUGCUGGAAUAUGUUACUCGCGUCGGAAUCGUUAUGGCAUGGAUAUCACCAUUCGGCUGAGUGAGCCGUUGUUGAAGCUGAGAACACGCAAAGAUUUGGUUGAGACCAUGUUGCACGAAAUGAUACAUGCCUAUUGUUUUGUAUUGAAUAUACGUGAGGGUAACGGUGGUCAUGGUCCAAAUUUUAAGAAAAUUAUGCAUAGCAUUAAUACGGUGGCGGGGACUAACAUCACCGUCUACCACACAUUCCAUGAUGAAGUGCAGCUGUACAAACAACAUUGGUGGCGUUGUAAUGGCAUCUGUCAGGAUCGUUCACCAUUUUUUGGUUAUGUUAAGCGGUCAUCGAAUCGUGCUCCGGGUCCUAAUGAUCAAUGGUGGGCCAGUCAUCAUGAAUCGUGUGGUGGCACAUUUAUGAAAAUCAAAGAACCCGAAAAGAAAAAGAAGGGCCGUCCAUCGACCAAAGAAAAGGAUGGCAAGGCAUCAGCAGCACCGGCAGGAUCCACAGAUUUACGUAAGUUUUUCACACCACAAACUUCGACAGCAAACAGUACGUCAUCAUCGUCGUCGGCUUCAUCAAAUGUUAAGGGCUUUGGUAAUUUAAAUGGUGGCUUUAAAGGACCUGUUAAAACCAAUGGUGGGGGUACCAUGCUAUUAAAUCCCAAAACUAAAACGAACACAACCACCAAUAACAACAAUACCCCCACAAAUACAUCAUCCAUAGCUAAGGCUUUCCCACCAUCAUCAUAUCCUGGCUUAUCAUCAGAUCCAUUUAAUGUGGAUUUGAAUAGAACAGGAGGAGCAGGUGCAGGUUCUGCAGCGGGUAAACGAAAUACCACUACCACAACACCACGCACACCUGCUGUGGGCAAUCUUCGCAAUGUAGUGGGUUUUAAAGAUAUUGGUGGUUUAGGCGGUUGUAGCUCCUCAUCCCCAUCGGGAGGAGGAGGUAAUCCUGGUCGUGCUGUAUCAGGCUUCAAAACAACCAACUCGUCGGCUAGUUCAAGUGAUUGGGGUCGUGGCAUGUCUCUGACAAAUAGUUCACAUAACGUAUCUAUCUCCUCUAGUCCUGAGGGUGAGACGGUAGAUCGUAAACAUUUGCGGGAUCUAUGGUCCAAACGUUUUGGUGGUAGCAAUAGUGGUGGUGGUUUUCGUUGGACUUCGAGUUCUAAUGAUAAAAGGAAUAGCAAUGAUUUAUCAGCAGGUGAUUCCAAACGUCGGCGUAUAUCCAGUGAUGCACCAUCUUCAAAUAAUGAUAAUGAUGAUAUCAUCUUUGUGGCCGAUGAAAGUUCAGGCCGAAAGAAAAAUAAAUGGGAAGUUGUUGAUGAUGAUCUGAUGAUAAACGAUCAACCGCCAGCUGUUAUAACACUCUCCUCCGAUGAUGAUGACGACUCCGACACAGAAGGUUUAAAACCAAAAAUUAACAAAAAUAUGACCAUGGAUCAGAGACAGACAUUAAUAAAACAAGAAAUUAUAGAUGAAUCGGUAGAUUUAUGUGAUGAUGAAAUUGAACUAAUAGACGAUGAGUAUGAUGAUAGCCUUAGCGCAGCUGCAGAAUUGGCUGAUACCAGUGUCAUUGAUGAAUUCUUCGGUGAAGAUACCCUACUCAAAGAAUUCAAAAGAGAAAAUGACUGUAAACCCUCAUCGUCCAGGCAUCAAAUGGAUCCGGAUAGUGAUAUAAUUACAUGUCCCAUAUGUCAAAGUAAAAUGACCCGUGCCGUGUUUGCGGAACAUCUUAAUGGCUGUACGGGCAUUACAAGAAAAAUACUACCACCCAAAACGGCACUUAAAAAAUUGGCUGCCAUUUCUAAAGAGGCUAGACCUAAACGUAGACCCAGACCUUCGUCGUCCACUACACGAGAUAUAUUGCGGAAUGCCGGUUAUUCUGAUGCCGAUUUGGCAGCAAUCCAAUCGGCCAGUAGUAUGGAUGAAGAUGAUGAAGAAGAUGAAUUUCUACGUCGAUCUGGCAUUUCACGUAGAAGUAACAACAAUACUACCACUGCAUCUACCAUUUCAUCGCCCCAAGAUUUAAAUUCCUCAUCUGAAGAUGAGAACACCAGACGAUUCCGUUUACGUAAUGUUUACAAGACCACAAGACAGUGUCCCGUCUGUGCCAAGGAAGUUGAAGAGACACAAAUGAACACCCACUUAGAUGUUUGCUUGCUGUAA